AUGAGACUCAUAUUUCUAGCAUGUGUGGGUCUGCUAGUCAUCGCCGUCAAUGCUGAACAGGUACAAGAGAAGGAAGAGGGUGAGAUCACUGCAUUGGAGGAGAGCAAUGAUGACAUCGCAACAGCACUCGACAAAGCAGAUUUGCAAGAAACCGAAGAUACUGAAGUAGAAAUCCCUGCAAUCCGAGUGAAACGAGGAGCUAGACGAGCCCGCUUAGCUGCUCGUAGACGUAUAAACAGAAGAAGGUUACAACGCCGUAGAGCCCAUGCUCGUCGUCAUCGCAGAAAUCAACGCCGCGCAGCCGCCAAGCGAGCACGUCACUCGCGUCGCGCACGUAAAGUCAAGCGGGCAUUCGGUCGCCGUCUUCUACGAAAGGCACGCGCACGUGCGGCUCGUGAUCGAAAACGUGCGGCUCGCGCACGCGCGGCUGCAGCUGCUGCCAACUAA